GGCAGCGCAGCGGGGGCUGGGGGGGGCCCGGGGGGGGGGCCAUGGCUGCGCUGCUCAGCACGUACCCCUGGCCGGAGCGGCUGGAGGGGGACGCGGGCGAGGGGCUGUCCCCGGGGCCGCCCCCCCGGGCCCCGCAGGGCGAGAAGGGCUCCGAGAGCCGCAUCCGCCGGCCCAUGAACGCCUUCAUGGUGUGGGCGAAGGACGAGAGGAAGCGGCUGGCGGUGCAGAACCCCGACCUGCACAACGCGGAGCUCAGCAAGAUGCUCGGGAAGUCCUGGAAGGCGCUGAGCCUCUCUCAGAAGCGUCCCUACGUGGAGGAGGCCGAGCGGCUGCGGGUGAAGCACAUGCAAGACUAUCCCAACUACAAAUACCGGCCCCGGCGGAAGAAGCAGGUCAAGCGCAUCGGCAAGAGGGUGGACCCGGGGUUUUUGCUGGGCAGCCUGGCACGGGACCAGAACACAGUGCCGGAGAAGAGGACCUGCAGCAGAGCUGGGGGGGACAAAGAGGGGCCGGGUGAGUACCCGCCUCGCCCGGGGCUGCCGGCGGUCCGGGGCUACCGGGAGGCUCCGGGCAGCGGGAGCAGCGCCAGCGUGGACACCUAUCCCUAUGGGCUGCCCACCCCCCCGGAGAUGUCCCCUCUGGAUGCCAUAGACCCCGAGCAGAGCUUCUUCUCCUCGCCCUGCCCCGACGAGCACCACCGCUCCCACCUCGCCGGAGCCGCCUACUCCCCGGAGUACGGAAACUCCCUCCCGUGCAACCACCACCCGCUCAGCCCCAUGUCGCAGCCGGCCACCUGCAUGAUCUCCCCGGCCUCCAGCUGCCCUUCCCUUCCUCCUCCUCCUCCUCCUCCUCCCAGCUACUACACGCCCGCCUUCCCCUCCCUGCCCACCCCCAGCCUCCAUGCCCACCUGGGCCAGCUCUCCCCGCCGCCCGACCACCACGGCUUUGACACCUUGGACCAGCUGAGCCAGGCGGAGCUGCUGGGGGAGAUGGACCGCAACGAGUUUGACCAGUAUCUCAACAACCCCGGCCACCACGGCGACCACCACGGCGGGGUCUUGGUCAACGGGCAAGUCCCAGCGUCCGGCAGCUCCCACACCUCCGAGAACAGCCUCAUCUCCGUCCUGGCCGAUGCCACGGCCACCUACUACAACAACUACAGCGUGUCCUAAGAGCCUGGGCUGGGGCCACCUGGAAGGACCCACACAGUGUUACGGGGCGUUGUCCCCCGGGGCCGUCGCUCACCACCCCUCAGGGUGACCGAGUCUGAACCGCCAGGGCCAUGGAGGCUCCUUGGUGCUGUAGGUAAAGGAUUUUGGUUGUUGGGUCACCACUGGUGCAAAGCCUCUGAACGGGGCCGGGGGGCACUUCCAAAGCCCUUUGGCCAAGUCCCUCUUCCAAAGCAGAGAUGCUCAUGGGAGCACAGGAAGGCUGCCCCUCGUUCUGAGGCGUCCCCAGCUCUGUUUUGGAGCCAGAAGUGCGGCAGCAUCCCAGAAAUGUCAGGUUUGAAGUCCUCCUGGAAGGGGAAAAGGCAGGGAUGGGAGGAAAAGGGAAGGUUUUGGGGAAGGGGCGCACGGUCUGUGAGCUGUUCCUGGGUUCCAGUGUCGGCGUUGCUGCAGCCGCCCUGACCUGCCCAACCACACCAGCGGGGAUUAAACCCCCCUUCCCACUGCCCCCAGAGCAUGGACUGGGGGCUUUCAUCCCUCAGGAAACCCCAGAGGGGAUGGGACACCAGCCAGGAAGGGGGCAGCCAGCCCUGAGGGCGCUCAGCACAUUCUGGAGAAGGGUAAGAUCAGGGCUUGGAAAGGCAGGAUCCAUCCAGCAUCCACCCCUGGGAACGGGUCCUGGGAUGAACAUUUUGGCCAAGAGGUGAUGAUGUAGCAGACACUUUUUUUUAUCAAAGAUCCUUUGAAGGCUCAGGUUCCACGUUUGGAGCCGCAGUGCCCAAUUCCUGUCCUAACUCCGGCAUAUUAUUGCUUGUAAUAAAGCUGUACAUUGAUUUAUUCCUUCUAUUAUUCCCCCUCCCUUGGAUUUUUGUAUUGCUCGAGUUCUCUUCCUUUUCAUAAAGAUGAAGCUUUAUUUUAAAUCAGUUAUAUGACAUGAUUAAUCUUAGUGUUUACUGUAUGGCACUUGGUAAUGAUUAGUUAGUAGCGUGGUUAUGAUUUCCUGGUUUCAGUCCCCAAAAUGUAUUAAUAAUAGUUGCAAAUAAUACUUUAAAAAAAAAAAACAAACCACAACUUCACUGGUUUUUAAGCUAAUACAUUCCAUCUCUUUUGUGUGACUCUAUGCAUUUUGAAUGAGUGUAGAUACGAGUUUGCAUAAAAUAUUUAAUUUAAAUAAAUAUGUUUUUAUACGAUGAUUGCUCGAUGAUUUAAAUUGCUGUCGCUAUUGACAAAAGUUUUCAAAACAGAAACAUUUCCCAUGCGAGUGCUAUUUUUUUAUUAUUAUUUUGUUGUUGUUGUUGGUAUUUUCAGCCAAGUUUUUCUACUUCCAUUUUUUUUUUAAAUAAAACAAAGAUCUGUGG